GUACCGUCACCAGCACUGACAGGGAAAGCCCCAUAAAAAUAAUAAUAAAUUUUCCCAACCCGCCUGGCACACCUCACUCGCUCAUCGGCAGAGAGUUUGUUCCGCCAUCGAGUGCCGACCGACCACCGUCGGCUGAUUCGGCACUCUUCCUCCAGAGAGACAAAGGAGCAAUCGUUUGGCGCCUCCUGAGUAGGAAGAGCGGCAACAGUGUGCGUCGGCGGAUCAUCAACCCUCGUGACCUUGUAUGAUUCAACUUGACGUCGAGACGAUAUUGCAGACUUUACCGUCGCAAAUCGGCCGCGAAUCUAAUUUCACCUGCUGUACACCUCGCCACUAGAUGCGCAUUCGCUCCCCACCGCAGUUGAUAAUGUGAUUUUAAAAAUGCCUGACGCAAACGCGCCGCUGUGGCUGAAGGACUUCAAGGACAGCAAUGUCCAGCUGCACUGUCUCAUGCCCAACGGCAUGUACAUCAUGCUGCAUGCUAACAGAUGUGCAACUCUCCACGAAAUCAAGGAUGAGUUGUUCGAUGAGGCCAGCAAGCAGCCCCUUUAUUGGGCCUUGCAGGACAAGUCCACGUACAACAUCGAGAUCAUCAACUGUCUCUCGCAGCGGGAGGUCAGCUACGACGAGUCGCGAACCCUGCUGGAUGUUAACCCUUUCAUGUGCUUAGUCAACCUCAUCGAAAGUAAAACGGAAAAGCCUGAUGAACAGAUCCAAAACAGCAUUAAGAAGAUCAUAGGGAAAACAAAUCUUCAUGAUUUGAAAAGCUCUGAAGUAACUGAUUUCCGGUGGAAAAUGAAAAACUACGUUGAGGACGUGCUGAGGGAGAGUGAAAACAAAUCGUGGUUGGAGAAAAUUAGCAGUAAAUACCCUCCGAGACUGUCUCUGGGAAUCAAGUUGCCCAGCUCCAUUAAAGGAGACGCUUUCGACGUGGUCGUUAAGUCGUACGACUCAAAUGAGUGGUCCUACAAAUUUCGGAUUGGCUUCAAUGUGAACGCUGCCGAACUGCUAAAACUGGCUCUUACGAAGAAAGCUACCAACACAAAUUCAAAACUGGAAGACCCGAACAACUAUUUAUUGAAAGUGUGUGGUCAACACGAGUUCCUACUUGGGGAUCACCCACUGAUUUACUUCACACACAUCCAAGAGGCGUUGGCCAAAGAAGCUGCUCCAGUUGUUAUUGUCGUGCCUGUCAGUUAUUUGAGUGCAGGAAACGAACUGGAUAUACUGCAAGAAAAUAUGGCGAGAUUAGACAUGAAACCACCGCGACCUGGAUCUGCCUCUUCCUCUACUAUGACACUACGCAAGAGAGGAAAGUAUUUGUCCUCAUGGGAAGCUGUUGGCAAAUUUAGCGUUCUCAUAAAGUCUAUCAACAAACUGAACUGCGAUAAGGAUUCCGUAGUAGGAGUGCGUGUUGGAAUUUUCCACGGAGGGAAACCUAUGUGCGAACAGAAAAGCACGUCAGAAAAACCUGUUACGAUGGAAGAGGACGUGUGUAAAUGUCAGUGGGAGAAUGAGUUGCUCGAGUUUGACAUCACCGUGGCCAACAUCCCACGUAUGGCGCGGCUGUGUUUUGUUGUGUACGAGAAAAGCCGCAGUGCCAAGCGGAAGUACGCCUUGAACCCGCUGGCCUGGGUAAACACCACAGUGUACGACUUCAAAGGUCAACUGCAGCAGGGUGCCAAUACCUUGUACAUGUGGCAUGAGGACCUCCAGGUUGACAGCAACGAUUUGCUACGGCCGCUUGGAACUGUCGUCGGGAAUCCUCUCACCUCUGACUGCUCAUCGCUCUCAGUUGUCUUUCCACUAAUCGAUCCAGACAAGAUUGUCCUUUAUCCAUACAUGGACACUAUCCUCAAAUUCGCUGAGCCAGUGUUGAACGAUUCGCCAGAGUUGGCCGCUCUUAACCAAGGCCACCUUUCCAUCCUGGAGAACCUGCGAGCCACGUUUGAGCGCGACCCAAGGGCCGAGUUGCAUGACCAAGACAAGAAGUCCUUUUGGCGCUUGCGGCACAUCUGCAUGCAGGAGUUUCCUGACAUGCUGCCUAAACUGCUGGACUGCCUUGAAUGGAACGACCGUCAGCAGGUUGCAGACGCCAUUUCCCUGGUGAAGCAGUGGCCCAUUCUACCUGCUGAAAAAGCGCUCGAGCUGCUGGACUACGCCUACGCUGACCAGACUGUGCGCAGCUACGCUGUUGAGUGCAUUUCCAAAGUCUCUGACGAGGAGCUGUCUCUCUACUUGCUGCAGCUGGUGCAGGCGCUGAAGCAUGAGUCCUACUUGCAUUGUGAUCUUGCUCUUCUGCUAGUGCGGAAGGCGAUUGAGAACCAGAGGAUUGGUCACUUUUUCUUCUGGCAUUUGAAGUCAGAAAUGGAAGUGCCUCAUGUUAGCGUCAGAUUUGGGUUGAUCCUCGAGACAUACUGCCAGGCUUGUGUGCAGCACUUGCCCAUUCUUCAGAAACAGAUGGACUGGUUAGUGAAGCUGCAGUACUUGGAGGAAAUGGUGCGGCUCAAACCAAACAAGGAGAAACAACGGGCUGCCCUGCAUGAGAUUCUGUUGGAAAAUCACGCCAAGGAAGCGUUCACCAACAUAACAUCCCCUUUGGACCCAACAUUCCGCUGCAAGAAAGUCGUAGCUGAGAAGUGCAGAGUGAUGGACAGUAAAAUGAAGCCAUUGUGGAUUGUAUUUCAAAACGCCGACAUCCAUGGUGACGAUAUAUACAUUAUUUACAAGAAUGGAGAUGAUUUACGCCAAGAUAUGCUUACCUUACAAAUGCUGAGGAUAAUGGACCAGUUGUGGAAACGGGAAGGAUUAGAUUUCAGAAUGAUACCAUACAACUGCAUUUCGACUGAAAGCAGAGUAGGACUGAUUGAAGUAGUUUUAAAUGCGGAGACAAUAGCGAAUAUUCAAAAGGAGAAAGGAAUGUUUAGUGCGACCUCAGCUUUUAGGAAAGGCUCUUUACUAGCUUGGCUGAAGGAUCACAAUCCUACUGAAGCGCAACUCAACAAAGCAAUAGAUGAAUUCACGUGGUCGUGUGCUGGAUACUGUGUUGCCACUUUUGUGCUAGGUAUUGCAGACCGACACUCUGACAAUAUAAUGGUUAAGAAGACUGGACAGUUGUUUCACAUUGAUUUUGGUCAUAUACUGGGACACUUCAAGGAAAAGUUUGGCUUCAAAAGGGAACGGGUGCCAUUCGUGUUAACCCACGACUUUGUACACGUUAUCAACAAGGGGCAGAAUAAAGACAAAGCCACUGAGUUCUUGCACUUUCGAAGCCUCUGUGAAAAGGCCUUUAUAAUGCUGAGGAGACACGGGUGCUUAAUAUUGUCAUUGUUUGCCAUGAUGAUUUCUACGGGGUUGCCAGAGCUCAGCUCAGAAAAGGAUCUAUCUUAUCUGCAGGAAACUUUGGCUCUCCAAAAGACUGAGGAAGAAGCGUUGGAACACUUUCGUUCUAAGUUUGACGAAGCGCUUUCCAACUCGUGGAAAACAUCUCUGAAUUGGGCAUCACAUAACUUUGCGAAAAAUAACAAACAAUAAGUAUGAUAGGUCGCGCGUUAGGUAGGACACUGCAGGCGGUGUGUGCGUAGAGCGGAAAUCUAUAUUUGAAUUUACAAGAGACUGCAUUUUAAGUGCGAUUAAAAUGUAAUUAGCAAAAAUGUUCAUAUCACAUUGUGCUCAAAUUAGUUUUAAGAACUGCGUUUUACUUCUUCUACUCUUGCUUCAAGUGCGUCUGUUUUUCUCUGUCAGUGGUAUUUAAGAUUGCCAAUCAAGUUGUUACAAAUGAUCUCAAAGUUUAUGUAAAACACUAUUUAUUUGCAAACAGAAGUAGUUUACUCUCAUUUACAUAAAAAAGAAACUUUGUUAUUUCAGCAUACACACACACAAAUACAAUAGAACAGCAAUUACUUCAAGAUCUCUGUUUAUCAACAUGUUUAGCAGGAGCUUAGUUCAGUAAGACCUGAUAACCAGAAAUGAUAAUAUGAAAUGUCAACUUUAUUUAACAAUUAAACCUUUAGGAGCUUAA